AUGGCGGUCAUUGACCAAGACAACUUUUCCAACAUCUCGUGGCACAGUGAACAAAACGACCACGCCGGUCCGAGUUCUUCUACACCGGACAAUAUGACCAGUCCUGAGUUCUCCAAGACCAUUCCAGAUACCGGGAGGUCAAGCAGUGAUGGGAGGGGGGGUCGCGAUCACAGUCACCAUGGCGAUGAAGUCCUAGAGUGCACCGUCUCUGACCCUCACAAGGAGAACGACGGCACCAAGGAUGCUUACGUGUCCUAUCUUAUCACUACCAAUACCACAUUCUCUACCUUCCAACGACCCGUGACCACCGUUCGCCGUCGUUUCACCGAUUUCGUGUUUCUCUACAGAGUUCUAUGUCAAGAAUACCAGGCAUCCGCCAUCCCGCCACUGCCCGACAAGCAGCGCAUGGAAUAUGUGCGGGGAGACAGGUUUGGCCCCGACUUUACUGCUCGACGAGCAUACUCGUUCCAGCGCUUCCUUUCCCGAUUAGCACUGCAUCCCGACCUCCGCCGAGCCCCUAUUUUCCACACUUUCCUCGAAAGCCAUGACUGGAACGCAACCAUGCAUGCCCGUCAAGCACGGGGAUCCCUAGCCCCUCCUCUUGAGGCUGGGAGUCCAGGACCCCAGGCGGGAGGCGACGGCUUCCUCAAUACCUUUACAGAUUCGUUCAUGAACGCCUUCACCAAAACCCAAAAGCCUGAUCGUCGUUUCGUUGAUACCAAAGAAAAGGCCGACAAGCUCGACGAAGAUUUGACCCACGUGGAAAAGGUUGUCGCGCGCGUUGUCCGGAGGGAAGCCGACCUCGAGACGGAUCACAAGGAUUUGGCUGAGCAAUUCCAAAAGCUCAUCACUCUCGAGCCAGGGGUUGAAUCAGCUGUUCACGCCUUUGCGGCCUCGGUGGAGGAUACCGCCACGGGGCUCAAAAAGCUCAAAGACAGUACCGAUCAAGACUAUCUCGGCUCCUUGCGUGACAUGGUGGCCUAUUCGGGCGCCUUGAAGGGUCUGAUCAAGGCUCGGGAGCAAAAACAGCUCGACUACGAACAGCUAAUCGAAUACUUGAACAAGGCCACAUCGGAGCGCGAUUCCCUGACGUCGGGGCACUCCUAUGUCGGUCCUCUCGGCGGCGCGGGCGGCUUCAUCCGGAGCAAAAUCGAGGACGUCAGGGGCGUGGAUCACGAACAGGCUCGAAGAGACCGGCUCCGUAAGUUGGAGCUCCGGAUCGACGAACUGACCAGGGCGGUGGAAAACGCCAGGACCGAGUCGGAGAACUUUGGGGAGCAGGUCGGGAGGGAGGUGGAGAGCUUUGAGUAUAUUAAGAAGAUUGAGCUCAAGAAGCAGUUUGGGGGGUUUGUGGACAGUCAUAUUGACUUUUACCAGAGUACCAUCGAGACGUGGGAGAAGUAUGUGCAGGAGAUGGAGGCUGAGGGUGCGGUGCAACUGCGGCUUAGAAGGCCGACUGAGUUGGUUUGCGGCCUGUGUCUUGGGGGUUUAUCCAAUACAGCGAUAUUUAUAAGGCAAUUGAGAUGGUGUUUUUGUAAACAGGCUGUCUUGGGUGGUGAAUAG